AUGAUUAAAUUAUAUUGGUUAAAAGUGUCGUUAAAUAAUAAAUAUAUAUUUAUUAAUUUAAAUAAUAAAUAUAAUAAUAAAAAUAUUGUAUUAAAUAUAUAUAAUAAAAAUUUAUAUAUUUAUAAAAAAUUAUUAAAUUUAUAUAUAAAAAUAUAUAAUGGAUAUAAAUUUAUACCUAUUUAUAUAAAUAAAUAUAAAUUAUAUAAAAAAGUAGGUAAUUUUAUAUAUACAAAAUAUAUAAAAUAUAAUAUAAAAGAAUUAGCGUUAAAUUAA